UGAGUCUGUGAACAGUGAGUGUGGUUCAACAUCAUUGCAGAGAAGAGAGAAUAUUCCGGUUACAUCCAGUUACUGUAAGUGAAUUAACUGAACACCCACACAGUCUUCUUCAGGCAGGCAGAAUCUGCAUUUAGUUUUAAUUUCUGGACAUCAUAACCGUUUUAAUUCCCGUCCUUCCCCUGCCAGUCAUUCGAGGUUUUGCGUUAAAAAAAAAACCCUGACGAAUGAGUAAGCAGGGAGUUAUUCCUCGGGUUUAUAACUGUGGGCUCCCCCGCUCCUAUUUCCCAACCUGGAGACUGCGCAGAAAGCCGUCGGGGCUGGAAAAAGUGCAUGUGCAAGCAGAACUGAGAAAGUUCAUAGAGCCGAGGUGCAGGAUGUCCCGUUAAGGAGGAAAAGAAAAAAGAAAAAACCCGUGCAAGAGGAGCAGAGGCAACCCAAGCUGACGGGGUGGAAAGACUUGCAGCGCAGCGCAGAGCAGAGCGACGUUCACCACGGCUGAGAUCCAGUAAAACAGGAGAAAAUGGGCUCUCCGACGAUAUUUAGCUGUCGUCGGAUUGUUCUCAAAGUGUUUUUGUUGCAGUUCAUCGCCUUUCAAGCAACAUAUGCUGCCCCCUCGCCUAUAAUCAGGUUUCCUGGAGAUGAUACUACUCCCAAAACAGACAAAGAAGUUGCUCUGCACUAUCUGAAUAAGUUUUAUGGAUGCCCACAAGACAGAUGUAACCUCAUGGUGCUCAAGGACACCCUGAAGAAAAUGCAAAAGUUCUUCUCUCUGCAAGAAACCGGAGAGAUUGAUGCCAAAACUGUGGAAAUCAUGAAAAAGCCCCGCUGUGGCGUCCCAGAUGUGGCCAAUUACAACUUCUUCCACAGGAAACCCAUGUGGCAGAAGAAAGACAUCACUUACAGAAUCCUUGGAUACACGCCCGAUCUGGACGAGGAAGUCAUCAAUGAUGCUUUCUUCAGAGCCUUCAAAGUAUGGAGCGACGUCACUCCGCUGACCUUCACCCGCCUCAUGGACGGAGAGGCUGACAUCAUGAUUAAUUUUGGCCGCAAUGAGCACGGAGAUGGUUACCCCUUCGACGGGAAAGAUGGCCUCUUGGCUCAUGCCUUCGCUCCGGGGCCAGGGAUCGGAGGAGACUCCCACUUCGAUGAUGAUGAGCAGUGGACGCUGGGAGACGGCCAAGUGGUAAAGGUGAAGUUUGGCAACGCUGACGGAGAGUUCUGUAAAUUCCCCUUCUUGUUCAUGGGCACCGAGUACAACAGCUGUACAUCUCAGGGCCGUGACGACGGCUUCCUGUGGUGCUCAACCACGUACAACUUCGACGAGGACGGCAAAUAUGGCUUCUGCCCCCAUGAAUUGCUCUUCACCCUGGGCGGCAACGGGGAAGGCGCUCCCUGUAAAUUCCCCUUCAACUUCCAGGGAGAGAAGUACGACAGCUGCACCACUUCAGGGAGGGAUGAUGGGUACCGCUGGUGUGCCACCACUGAAGACUAUGACCGCGACAAGUCCUUCGGGUUCUGCCCUGAGACUGCCAUGUCAACGGUGGGAGGAAACGCAGAGGGAAGCCCCUGUGUCUUCCCCUUCACCUUUCUAGGAGACACUUACGAGUCCUGCACUACAUCGGGACGCAGCGAUGGCAAGAUGUGGUGCGCCGCCAGCAAGAGCUACGAUGACGACCGCAAAUGGGGUUUCUGUCCUGACCAAGGCUACAGUUUGUUCCUGGUGGCAGCCCAUGAGUUUGGUCAUGCCCUUGGCCUGGAGCACUCUCAGGACCCCGGAGCCUUGAUGGCCCCCAUUUACACUUACACCAAAGACUUCAGACUUUCCCAGGAUGACAUCAAAGGCAUCCAGGAGCUCUACGGUGUGUCGGGAGACAAGCCUUUAUCUCCAACCCAGGGCCCGGUCACUCCAAUGGACAUAUGUAAUGAGCCAGUUGUCUUUGAUGCUGUAGCGCAGAUCAGAGGCGAGACCUUCUUCUUCAAGGACAGGUUCCUGUUCAGGUCGGUCAACUUCAGAAGCAAGCCCAACGGCCCCAUGCUGGUGGCCACCUACUGGCCGGACCUGCCCUCCAAGAUAGACGCUGCCUAUGAGAACCCGGUGGAUGAGAAGACGGUGUUCUUCGCAGGUAAUGAGGUGUGGGUCUACAAAGCAGAUGAGUUGGAGAAAGGCUACCCCAAGAGGCUCUCCAGCCUCGAACUCCCCACUGACCUGCAGAAAAUCGACGCCGUCUUCAACUUCAGGAAGAACAGGAAGACUUACCUGUUUUCCGACGACAAAUUUUGGAGAUACGAUGAAGACAGUAAGAGAAUGGACCCUGGCUUCCCCAAACUUAUUGCUGAUUCUUGGAAUGGCAUCCCAGACGGCAUCGACGCCGCCUUCAGUCUGAACAACAUUGAUUACAGCUACUUCUUCAAAGGUGACCACUAUUUCAAACUGGAGGACAGCAGCUUGAAGAUCGUCAAGCUUGGUGAAAUCACAAAGGACUGGCUCGGCUGCUGAGCGAUUUUUUUCCCCCCCUCAAAAUGUCUCUUAAUUCCUCCAAUGACAUCCGGCCUCGUGAGGACAUUGCCGUAGUAUCGCACACAAAUCGCGGUCGCCGCAGUGCACACUGUUCUACGUUUUUAUCCUGGUAAACUCUGCGUGUUUCUGUGGGAGACGUGUUCCUUCCAGCCUGUAUAACCAGCCUGCAGCUUUGUGGAAAGGCACCUCGGGACCUUAUACACAGGCUGACAUAGGCGACUGGAUAUUUGCUAUAUUACUGUGUGACAAUGACGUUUCAUUUUUUAAAAUGCUGAUGCAGAUUUAUUACCAUUUGUACCCCCCCUUUUUUAUUGUUUUAUGCAUUUUUUUGUUUGUUUUUUUUUUUUUUAAAAAAGAAACUCAGACAUCAGGUAUGUCCACACUGCACUGAACGCAGUGCUAUACUGUGCUGUGAGAUGUUGCCGUUUUAUGCAAAAUUGAAUUUUUUUUAGACCAUAUGAGGAAUUCAUGUUGGCUUAGAAUCACUUCUAUGUCCAGUGUGCUUAGUGCAUUUUUUUUUUUUAUAAUAAUAAUAAAUGUAUCACUUUUGAUUUAAUUUUCUCAUUGUUGUGCACUACAUUUGAAAAAAUGAAUUUGCACAAUGUAUGUGACCGAAAAUGGUGCUUUAGUGAUUGCUUCUUUUUGCAUAUAGUCCUAUACAUAUAUAUAUACUUUUUAUAUUAUCCUCUGGAUGUCAGAAAGUAGUAUUCGCAGGCACACGUUAUUCUUCAUUUGGUUAGCACUUUGUAUAGGACUAUACAUGGGAACUGCUCAGCAUGGAGACCAAAAUCCUUUUUUCGCGGCGACUCCACGUUGCAUUUCCCUUCAUUAAUGGUACAGAAAGAUUAAAAAGGCACAGGUUGCCUCCAGAGGCUGUAUUGGUUCGCUGCAUGAUGGAAUCAUGGCAAGAGUACCGCAGUAGUAUUGUUUAAUAACCUUUUUUUUGUUUUGUUUUAUAGUCUUGUUUCUCUCGUUUUUUUUUUUUUUGUUUUUUUUUUAACAAUGCAGUCAUUGUGUUUUGUGUUGUUUUGUAAUUGCUUGUGCACUUUGUUACUGUCAUCAAUAAAGAUGUUCAAUAUAUUG